AAGGCUCCGCCCUCGUGGUCCUCCUAACUCCCCGGCCGCUCCGGUUGGCGGUGGCAGUGGCAUCUGCGGCGCAGAGACGAUGGCACUCGCGACGCUGUGCUGGGCGCUGUUGCUCCUGGUGGGGACCUUCGCAGACUCUGUGAAGCAAACAGAGAGAUGGCCUAGAGCAGCCGCGCCUAGAACACCAAACUGUGCUCGGUACCACUUACCAGGGUGUUUCAAGAACCUGGACCCCGUGUGUGGGAGCGACUUGUCUACGUAUAGCAACGAGUGUGUCCUCUGCGUGAAAAUCUGGAAGACCGGGCAGGACAUUAAAAUCAUCCGAGAUGGGCCAUGCUGAAGGCAGCGCAGAAGCGACAGAGAGGCUGCCCUCCUGCACGUGGACCCCCUCUUCCCAUGUUGCUUUGCAUGACAUUGAUUAGCUCGCCUAACAAAAGAGAAGUGUGGAGGAGGGUUUAGUAGAAAAUCCUUUUUUUUUUUGCUUUUUUUUUUCACUUUUUCCAUUUAGUUCAGCUUGUGCAUUGCUUUAUUUCAUUGGAAUAAAAUCAGCAUUGAAUUCA